AUGUCUGCUAGCCAGAAACUCCAAUCUUUCGACCCCUUUGCUGAUGCAAGUAAGGGUGACCAUCUGCUUCCUACUGGCACUGAGGAUUACACCCAUAUAACAAUUCAAGAGAGAAACAGCAGGAAGACCCUUACCACUGUCCAAGGGAUCACUGAUGAUUACGAUAAAAAGAAACUAUUGAAGAUGUUUAAGAAGAAAUUUGCCUGCCAUGGUGCUGUAAUUGAGCUUCUAGAAUAUGGAGAAGUAAUUCAGCUACAGGGUGACCAGCACAAGAACACAUGCCAGUUCCUGGUAGAGACUGGACUGGCUCAAGAUGAACAGCUAAAUGGAGUUUCAUGGGCUUUAAGUGCUUUAGGCUUCACUGAAGCUUAA